UGACCUUUCAAAAAAUACAUCAGCAAAAUGCUUUACCAAAGCAAGGUAGUUAACUGUCAGAACCUACGCAGCCCUCGGAGAACUGUAUCUUGCCGAGGUGGCUUGAGCCGCCGUUCAUUCAAACCGGACUUUUUUUUGUUCUAACCGUCUACACUCUCGAGACGGAUGGGCUCAGCGCGCGCACAGUGGGAGGCGGGAAGCUGAGGCAAGGGGGGGAUGGGCCUCAACAUCGAAGCGGAGCAGGCAGUAGGUCGGCGGCAAAUGGAGGCAACGACAUCCAUCAGAUGCCAGUUAAAUCGGACACCCUAAACAUCUGGGGACAGAGGCGCUGACUUUAAAGCUGAUUUAAACCGCCGAGUGUGCAAACAACGGCAGAAGCAAGCCGGAAACGUUCCGAGGUUUUAAUCUCACUAAACAGGAGGGCACUGCUUCAGAACAUGACUGGAACUGAAUCUGAAGAGAAUGGGAAUAUACUUUAACCUGCUCUUCACUGGAAAGCCAAGUGUUUGAUUUCCAGCUAAUGGUAUAUUGAUUUUCUUUAUGAACUGUGGACAUAUUGGAGGCUUUGUAAGCAAUGGGUAUUGUAGCUGCCUUGAAAUCGCAGUUUAUCUGCCACCUUCUCAUAUGUUACAUCUUUGUGGUGACUGGACUCAUCAUCAACUUCCUUCAGUUCUGCACCCUGAUAAUAUGGCCGAUCAAUAAGCAACUCUACAGGCGAAUUAAUUGCAGAUUGGCGUACUGUAUUGCCAGCCAAUUGGUGUGGUUGCUGGAAUGGUGGUCAGGUACAGAAUGUACCCUCUAUACUGACCAAAGGAAUUAUAUUAAGUACGGUAAAGAGAAUGCCAUAGUUAUUCUCAAUCAUAACUAUGAGAUUGAUUUCCUUUGUGGAUGGGACUUCUGUGAAAGAUUUGGUGUUUUGGGGAGUUCGAAAGUACUAGCAAAAAAGGAGCUGGCUUAUGUUCCUCUGAUAGGCUGGAUGUGGUAUUUUCUGGAGAUAGUAUUUUGCAAGCGACAGUGGACAGAAGAUCGCAAAAACGUAGUCCAGAGCUUGCUUAACCUCCGGGAUUAUCCUGAAAUCUUUUGGUUUCUGAUUCACUGUGAAGGAACACGAUUUACGGAGAAAAAACACAAGAUCAGCAUGCAGGUAGCUGAAGCCAAAGGCUUACCUAAACUAAAGUAUCACCUACUUCCUCGAACAAAAGGCCUUGCACUGACAGUACAAUGUCUAAGGAAUGUAGUUCCAGCUGUGUAUGAUGCCACACUCAAUUUCAGAAAUGGUGAAAACCCGACAUUGCUAGGAACUUUACAUGGAAAAAAAUACCAUGCAGAUCUGUAUGUCCGGCGAAUCCCAUUGGAAGAUAUUCCUGAGGAUGAAAGUGCAUGUGCUGCCUGGCUUCAUAAACUAUAUCAAGAAAAGGAUAUGCUACAGGCAGACUACUUCAAAAAUGGCUUUUAUCCAGGCACUCCAAUUGUACCACCGAAAAGACCAUGGGUCCUUGUAAACUGGCUAUUCUGGGCUCUGUUGCUGCUGUUUCCUUUAUUUAACUUAAUUGCUAAUAUGAUCUGCAAUGGAUCUUCCUUGACCCUAAUUACUUUCUCACUUAUCAUUGUUGUAGCCUCCAUUGGUAUGCGAUGGAUGAUCGGAAUGACAGAAAUAGAAAAGGGCUCCAGCUAUGGCAACAAUGAUAUGAACCGAAAAAAUUAAUUUCCACUGAGACUGCCAGUACCUCUAAACAAAGCAAUUUUUUUUUUUGAAAAUGAGUUGACAGAUACUGGAGUCAAGGGGAUAAUUGCACCUAAAUUGCGGUUUCUUUAGCGUAAAGAUCACUGUGUAGAGUGCCACCUUGAAUCCGCACUAAAGGGUAGUGUGAUGUAUCCUUUUGUGAUGUAUGUGGUGUGUGAAACCAUUCACACAGUAAUAAGAAAUAGUGAAAUUGGAUUUUGUCAGAAUUCUACACCAAUAGUGUCACUUGGAGAUCUGACAUAUUGAUGUUUUCAAUAUUAUGACAUUUCAAUCUAAAUGGAAAUGAAUUUUUUUAAAAAAAAGGAACCUGGUGUAAUGGAAGAA